AUGAUGCACAGAACGGAGCAAAUUGUGCCGCUAUCGCAGUGGCGCUCACUCUGGAAGUGUUCUGUGGUAAAUGCAUUCCAUCCGCGCACCAUUCUGCUCGCCCACACACGGGGCAAAUGCUCGUGGCAUCGCGUAUUCGCACUCUGCUCCGUGCCGACAACCCGUCGGAAUUGUUCCGGAGUCACAACUAUGACGGCAAAGUCCAGGACGCUUACACACUGCGCUGUGCUCCACAGUGCUACCGACAAUCCGAUGGUGUUCACUGGCAGUGCUGAGCCCAAGGAUGACCAUGACAUCGACCAAGCUAAGCAAGCGAUCAAGCGUCUCAAGGCUCUUCUCGAGCACAAGAAUAAACUGACGGAGCAUCCGGCAGCUGGCAUGAAGCGCACAUCGGACACUUUCUACCGUGGCCGCGAUGGAUUCGUCAUCUCAGGUGGUCUUAACUCGGGCUUCAUGAUCGCACACUGUACUGCGGCAGCUCUGGUCUCGGAGAACAAGGUCCUUACGCACCCAUCGUCGGUAGACUCGAUCUCGACUAGUGGGUCAAAGGAAGAUCACGUGUCGAUGCGCAAGGCCCUUACAGUCGUGGAGCACGUCGAGACUGUUGUCGCGAUUGAAAUUCUAGCGGCAUGCCACGCUCUUGAUCUACUUCGUCCACUGCGCACGACAGAUGCACUAGAGGUCAUUCACGCACUUGUGCGCACCCGCGUGCCCAAAUUUGACAAGGAUCGUGUGAUGAAGCCAGAUAUUGAUGCUGUGUUGGACCUCGUCCGCAGUGGAGCAAUUUGCGAAGUGGCUGCACCCUUCUUAACAAAGCUGCAUGUGACUGAGCUUUAG